AUGGCUAGUGAGGAGAGUUUCCUAGUUCUGGUACAUUACAGAUGGUCGAUUAAGAGAAAAACUCGGUCCGGCGUGAAGUUCACUGAUAAGGAUCCCCUAUGUAUUAUUGUGACGCCAACAACCACCUACGAUGCUCUUGUUAGCUCUGUGCUGGAGAAGCUUGGUCUUGAAGGAGUUAAAAGGGUCAAGAAGUUUUUCUACCGCAUUCCAACAGCGGUGCUCCAUGACACCGUGAAGUUUGAUUGUUUCACAAUCGGCAGUGAGGAGGACUUGCAGGUUAUGUUUCUUUCUCGUAGGCAGUUUCCCGAGGUAAGGACACCAGAGCUGUUGGCAAAGUUGGUUGAUGUGGUAUCUAGCUCGGGUGGUUCGAACCGGCAUGCCAAUACUAUAGCCGCGGUUGCCGGCUCGAGCUCGAGACCUGCUGUUGCUUCAUCCUCUGCUCCUGUGUAUGAGCCACCGAUGCAGCCUGUUGCAUCCCCUUCGUUUGCCGUUGAUCUGAGCGGAAAUGUUGGAGACGAGGUUCGGUAUGGGGAACAUAUUCCCACCGAGGUACAUUGUCCCACACCGGCUGGUGUUGGUGAUGGUUUGUUUGAUGAUCCAGAUGACGAUGACGUGGAGCCGGAUAUGAUCGCUGAUGAAAGCGGCGAUGAUGUUGGAACUACUGUUCCGACAAGGGCUACAGGUGGAUCUAGUUUUGGCACACAGCAGUAUCCACCCCAUUUUUCCUCAUUGGACCUGGAUGCCAUGCGGCAGGACGACAAUGCUCUGCAGGCCUCAGGAUUUGGUGCUAGAGAUACCGAGGGGUCUGCCGGUAUGAACGAGUUCCAGGUUGGCCAACAAUUUCAGGAUAAAGAUGAGGCGCUGUUGAGUGUGAAGACGUACAGUAUCCGCCGAGGGGUCCAGUACAAGGUCGUUGAGUCUGACUACCGCAGGUAUGUGGGAAAGUGUUCUGAGUUUGGGAAUGGGUGCACAUGGCUAAUUCGGUUGAGUCUCCGACAGCGGAAGGGUAUCUGGGAAGUGAAGCGAUACAACGGACCGCAUACAUGUCUUGCCAGCUCCAUCUCCAGCGACCAUAGGAGUCUGGACUACCAUGUCAUAUCCACCUUCAUUAUGCCGAUGGUUAGGGCUGAUGCAGCUGUGAACAUCAAGGUGCUUCAAAAUACCACGGCCGCACACUUUGGGUUCAGGCCUACGUACAGGAGGGUAUGGAUGGCGAAGCAGAAGGCCGUUGCCGUCAUAUAUGGGGACUGGGAGGUACAAUGA